AUCUGUCAUGGCAGUUGUUUCUUCAAGUCCACAGAGAAGUCGCAUUCAAGAUAUCAUUGAGAAAGACUUGGAAUGUAAAGCUAAGGUUGUUCCUCUCUGUGGGUCGUCCAUGAGGGUAGGACUGUGGGUGGUUCCCUACAGGGGGCCAUACGAUUGUGUGGAUUUGACCUUGCUCAGGAAAGGGAGACUUUCACUUUCGGUUGCUGGGUAUAACCAGCAGGCAGCUGCUUCUUAUCGGGACACUGAUGUGCAGCUAGUGAGCUGAUACACCCGGAAAGAUUCCAGAUCAGCCAGGGGAAGAUUUUUAGCCAGGAUUCACAGAUACCUGUGAGAAGGACCUGAGACAGACCCCACAUCUGCCGCCAGGGACCCUGCAGCCCUCAUGGCCUCCAGAGUGUUGAGGAGGAGACACUUCAUUCAGGAAGUCACUGAGUAUCUGAAGGACUCAGCAAGCAGAAGAGAUCUGCAGCUCCUGUUGGCCAAAGAUGAAGCCUGGAAGGUGUUGGUGAAAGAGGCUGAAUUGUCCAGGGAUGAGGAAGCUGCACUGUGUAAGGCUCUGAAGCUGCUCCUAGAGCUCCCAGGCCUGGAGGACAAAGAGCGGUUUCAACGAGAGCUGCAGGACAGGAAGAGGUUUCUAGAAGCUUUUCCUGAGUUGAAAGGGAAGCUGGAGGGAAACAUUAGGAAGCUCCGAGCUCUGGCUGACCAUCUUGACCAGGUGCACAGGGGCUGUACCAUCUCCAACGUGGUGACCAACUCCACCAGCACUGCCUCUGGAGUCCUGGGCAUCCUGGGUAUAGCUCUGGCUCCUGUGACAGCAGGGGGCAGUCUGCUGCUCUCAGCCACUGGGUUGGGCCUGGGGGCUGUGGCUACUGUGACUGGUGCUGCCACUGUAGUUGUGGAAGAAACAAGCAAGUGGUCAGAUGAGGCUGAAGCCAAGCGCCUGAUGUCAGACACCAUGGACAAGAUGAAGACGCUUCUUGUCCUGGGAAAGAUUGCAUUUAAACUUUCUAUAAGCUCCUAUGGUCUCUGCAAAAAAUUAAAAACCUUGGGACAAAACAUCCGCGCCAUUAGAGCAGCCAGAGCCAACCUUCACUUAGUGGCAGAUGCCAAGCUCCUCUUGACGACUGGAGGAAUCCCUGCCCAACGAGCUAGUCAGCUGCAGAAUGUCUUUGAAGGCACUGCUCUGGCAAUGACUAAAAAAGCCAGAAUCAGAGGGGCCGCUGUUGCAGGUGCCUUCCUUGCGCUGGAUGUGUAUUUCCUUGUAAGGGACUCAAUGCAUUUAUACGAUGGAGCAAAAUCAGAGUUGGCCAAAGAACUCCGGGCCCUGGCUCAGGAGCUGGAGGAGAAGUUGUCGGAGAUUGCCCAGAUCCACAAGACCCUCUAGGUGCUUGUGACAGCCUCCUCCAGCUACACUGAGGUCAGUGGAGAUGAUCCGGACAGAUUAGAGGCACUGAGAAGUCUUGUUACAGGAGGAAUAAGUUAGUUUUAACUGUCAUCUUGACACCAUCUAGAAUCAUGUCAGAAGAGAGUUUCAGUGAGAGAUUGUCUAGCUUGAGCUGUCCUGUGGGCAUGCUUGGGAGAGAUUUUUCUGCAUGACUCUAAAUAAGGUGGGCAAAUUCCUCCACCAUAGCGGGCACUAUUCUCUGGGUAUGGGUUCUGAACUGUAUAAGGGAAAGCAGGCUGAGCACCAAUAAGCAUGAAUGCAUGAAUUCAUUUCUCAUUACUCUGGACUGUGAAUGCACUGUGGCUGUCUGCUUUGAGUUCCUGCCUUGACUUCCCCACAAUGAUGGACUACCAUCAGCCAGAGACUGUAAGCCAAGUGAAAGCUUUCUCUUCUCACUGGCUUCUGUCAGGUAUUUAUCACAGCACCAGAAGUGAAGGUUGGAAAGCAGAUAGUGUGGGACUGAGUCCACAGAACCGAGCGUUGAGGAGUUUGUCGUUCUGUGUCUCACUGUAGAGUUAAUAUGGACGGCCUGAGCGUCAAAGAAAGAUGUGACAGCAGCCUGAACCGAGGGACCAGAGCGGACUAGAGAUGGGCGAAUGGGUCUAAAACCACACAGUGGUCUGUGGGUGUGAACAGAGAGGGCUGUGCAGGAGCAAGUAAUGAGAAGCCAGGGAAACAGAAGGGCUGGAGUAGGAGGCUCCACGUCCUCCCUCCCCACAGGACGAUGUGCUCUGAGCCACAGUCCUUUCUGUCCAGCAUCAGCUGCACCAGCUCCCCCUUUGUCCAUCAGGCAGCUCCCAUACGAUGAUGGAGAUGCUGAGGAUGGUGCUGAGGAUGGGGGUGGUGACUGCACAGUGGGUAGAGCUCUUGACAAGUGGCCAGCCCAUGAAGGGGACAGGGUGAAAGGAUGGACCAAUGAAAUUAAAACUAUUCUCUGUGUGUCAGGCUGGGUCAGUAGUUGACCUGGGGAGAGAGGGGAAGUCAUAUUUGAGUAAGAGGUCAAACAAGUUGUGGGAUGGAUAUAUUAGCUAGUUUGGGAUCAUGAGACAGCCUGUGAUCCUUGGAAACUCUCAACUGAAGAAGAGGAGGUAGGGGAAAGAUAUCUCAAAUCCACUGACUCUGUUUACAUGGUAUCUAUAAAUUUGGUUAAAUAAAUAUUGCUGACCUUU